AUUAGUCGAAGAAUCAUGAAAAGCAACUUACGCCAGAAAGCCCCGCCCACAAACGCACCACACGCAGGCACAGCAAGCAUAAAAGCGAGUAACGAGAAGGCCUUGAAGCACAGUUUGGCACGGAAGCACAACCAGAGCAAAUCGAAGAUGCUUCGUCUCGUCCUCUUAGUCUUUGGGAUCGUAGGAUCUGUCGUCUGCGAGGAUACCCCAGAUAUUCCUGCCUUCCUGGAAAAAGGAAACUGCGCCAGAGUGGGCACCUUUCCAAAAUUCGAUUUAAGAAGGUACAGCGGACGCUGGUACCAGACCGACGUCAUCGAAAUUCCCUACCAGCCUUAUACCAAAUGCAUCAAUUCCUUCUAUGAGUACUCAGAGCCUUUGUAUGGAUUCAACGUCAGGACAGCAGGACUUAGCCCUGAGGGCGAGCACAUGAAGUUGGAAGGGAAAAUCUACCCAACUGAGAAGUUCCCCGCAAGUCACAUGUUGAUUGACUUCCCUACAGUCAUGGGAUACCCUUACGAAAUCAUCGACACCGACUACGACACCUACUCCUGCGCCUACUCCUGCGUCGACUGGAACGCCUACAAGACGGAGUUCGCCUUCGUCUUCUCGAGGACUCCUGAGAACAAUGGACCCGCCACUGCCAAGUGCAAGUCGAUCUUUGCAAAGCACGGAAUCGACUUCUCGAAAUUCGUCAAAGUCCCCCACACUGACGAUUGUGUCUACAGAGCCUAGAUUUCUUUGAGUAGGACACAGAUCACCUCAUGCAUUCAUAGACAUUCAGUUAUUGUUGUCCAUGAGGGCACGCGCAUGUUCCAUACUUUUCUGAUUACGAACUGAGAUCAGUCAAUUACAAAUAAAUGUGAUUUCAUAUUA